UUAAGGUCAAAAGAAUAGUGUUAUUCGUUUCGCGUACUUUCCACGUUGAUCAUGGAUUUCACCCACAAAAGAGUAUAUCAGAUUCUGUCCUCUAUUUUGGAGCCGCUCGAAGCGGAUUUGCCGACGGACGAGAACGGUGACGAGGAAGCAUAAAUUUGCGAAAUACAAAUAAAAUUUCCAUUUUUUUUGUGUUUCUUUUUUUUUUGUCUCUUUUCUCUUUGAAAUAAAUGAAACUAUUGUGUUUGCGGGCGUGAUGCGUUUUUUAAAUUAACAAUACAAAAAAGUCCAAGUGCCAAACUCUUCGACAUAUAAAUAUUGUGCUCCUUUUGACUUUUUUAAUUAUUGUGAUUGACUAUUGUGAUUGUUUUGAAAACAAUUUUCUUUUUAUAAACUAUAUCUACCAAAAAUAUGAAACGUAUGAGCUAUCGUCGAUCGCGAUCUACUGCCGAUUUAUGUUCUUUAAAUGUUAUCGAUGAUCUUAUAAACGAGAAAUAUAUGAAAACGUCUAACACCUCUUUUGAUAUAAAUAUCAACAAUGAUACUUUGAUAGAAGACGAUGUCACUGAAGAUGAAAAGAAUUAUUGGCCGAAUUGUGAUACAUCUAUGUGGACAAGAUCGUGCGAAUAUGAAGUGAUCGAUCCGAUUCCUGGAAAUGUUAUUGGUACAGUACCAAAGUGGUUGAAAGGUAGUUUAUUGAGAAAUGGUCCUGGUAGUUUAAAAGUGGGAGAUUAUACUUUCAAUCAUCUGUUUGACAGUUCAGCACUUUUGCACAGAUUUGAAAUAUUGGAUGGUAAUAUAACUUAUCAAAGAAGAUUUGUACAAACUGAGAGUUAUAAAAGAAAUAAAGCAGCGCAAAGGAUCGUCGUAUCGGAAUUUGGUACAAAAGCAGUGCCAGAUCCUUGUCAAAGUAUUUUUAAGAGAGUUGCUGCAGUAUUUAAUCCAUCAGAAAGCAUCUCUGACAACACGAUGAUAUCAGUUUAUCCACUUGGUGACGAGUAUUACACGUUCACAGAAUCUCCCAUAAUCCAUCGGAUCGAUCCAGAAACCUUGGAAACCAAGGGUAGAGUGAACAUAUCAAAUUAUGUAAACAUCGUCAGUCAUACUUCUCAUCCUCACGUGAUGAAUGACGGUACUGUUUAUAACGUUGGGCUCAGUAUAACUUCACGUGGUCCUGCUUACACUGUUGUUUCUUUUUCACCAUCUCGAAUUACUAUUGAUGAAAUUGGUGAAGAAAAGGAACUAACCAUGUUCGAUCAAGCAACUAUUGUUGCUACCGUUCCAUCUAGAUGGUUUCUAAAUCCUUCCUACAUGCAUACUUUUGGCAUUACUGAAAAUUAUUUCAUUAUCAUCGAACAACCUUUGGCCAUUUCUCUUCCAAGUAUGAUAGCUUGUCAAAUUAAACAGGAAGCUACGAUAGGCUGCAUAAAGUGGCAUGAAAAUAAAGAUACACUCAUACACGUUCUAUCGAAAGAGACUGGUUUGGUAGAGAGAACUUUUUUUGCUGAGAAAUUUUUCUACCUACACAUUAUUAAUCAAUUUGAGACUCGUGACAGAGAUUAUAUCGUUCUUGAUAUCUGUUGUUAUCGAGAUGCAAAAAUGUUGGAGUGUAUGUAUGUUGAAACCAUGAAGAAUUUGCAUAAGAAUCCGGAUUACCCCAAAUUAUUUCGUGGAAGACCCUUACGUUUCAUUUUGCCAAUGAAAAAAUUUUCGAACGACAUCCCUUUGGAACAUAAUUUGAUAAAUGUUAAAACGGUUUAUCAGAGUGCAGAAAUAUUUGAAGGAUUCAAACAUGAUGAGAAAAGUGAAACUAACAAUAAAUUAAUUGAUGAGAAUAAUUUCAAUGAAGAUAACAAUGGAAUCAAAAAAAAGAAUGAGUAUCACAGUAAAAAUCUUCUUGAAAGAAAAGCCACGGCUCACAAAUUGCCAAAUGGCAAUAUCUUCGUUAAACCGGAGCUUCUUUGCGAUUUGGGCUGUGAAACACCUCGUAUAAAUUAUGAUUCCUAUGUUGGAACGGAGUACCGUUACUUUUAUGCGAUAUCCAGUGACGUUGAUAUAGAAUAUCCCGGGACGCUCAUCAAAGUGGACACAGUGAAAAAAACGAAGAAAAUAUGGUAUGAAAAGAAUGUUUAUCCCAGUGAGCCAAUUUUUGUACCCGAUCCACACGGAAAGAAGGAGGACGAUGGAGUAGUCUUAAGUGCUCUUUUGUGGGGUCAAGAUCGUGAGACACAAGCUGGUUUAUUGAUUUUGGAUGCCGAAAAUUUUGUCGAACUUGCCAGAGCUACCUUCAAUACACCAGGACCUGUACCAAAGUGUUUACAUGGCUGGUUUACAUUCAAUAAAUAAUGUCUCAAUAACGUUAAGAUAACUUAAGUAGAUAGAUAUUUAUAAUAUUGAAUGAUCCUGAUGGACGCGUUGUAUGCUAUGAAAAGUUUUUACAUUUAAGUUAAUCACAUAAAACAUUUUAUGUUUCUUAUGUAUAUUUAUGUUUCUGUUUAUAAUAAUACAAUACAGUAAUGAUAACAAUGAUGGUUACUAAUGUUAAAAUGAACAGUAGGUAUAUUAAUUUUUCAAUGAAAACGAGAUCUAAUGUUUUUUGUUUUCUUUUUUUUCUGUUACUAGAUUCAUCACUAGAACCUUUAUUGUUUAUAUAAUUAAUUUUUUUAAAGUCAUAUCAUUAUAUAUUGUACAAGAAAUAUUUUUUGUUUGUUUGUUUGGUCUUAUAGAGUAUAGUACAAUGAUUAAAUUUCAUGAAUAUCGUAAUGAAAACAUAAGCACGAUAAACAUUUUAUUAUUCACAAUAAUUAUUCACAAUAACGUAGUAGUGCAUUUAUGAAGUGCUAUUAUCGUAUCAAUUUGAACAACUUUACUAAUUAAUUGUUCUCAUAAGGAUAGAAUGCAUCAUAGUAGUAUAAUCGGAUGGAAUGUAAAAUGCUCUAGAAUCUAUGGGUUAUUGUAACAUCUAUAGAUAGAGUAUCCAUUCUGAUUAAAAAAUUUAAUUAUGUUAUUGUGCGCGUCUUGUUUUGAUUUUCUAUUUGUUUAUAAUGUUGACUUAUAUUAGAAAACAUUAAAGGUAGCUUAAUUCUACGUUCAUGACAUUAUUUGUUAAAAGAUAAAACAGAUCAUUUAUAAUUUGAUCGAUUUUAAUUCAUAACGAUUGUACAUGUUUAUUAUUUAAAAAGUUAAAAAAGGAAAUGAAAAAAAAAGAGAAAGAAAAAAACAUUAUUGAAUUAAAUGCGUAUAAGUAUUUAAAAUUGUCUCAUUUGAGAAAAAAAUAAAGGUAUUAAAUUAUUAUGAAUAUAUUUAAUGUCGUGAUCGUUGUAAUAAGACAUACCUUUAUAUGUUCCUUUACUAAUGUAUCAACACAUGUGAUGCGAAUGUUUUUCUUAUAUCUCAAUCAACACAUCUAACAAUUAUAAUAAAUAAUAGUCUGGCACAACCAUAGUCAGAUAGUUACGAGCUAAGGGAGCAUUUCAUGAGUGCUAUAUUGUCUUUGUUCUACUUAAAUAAUUAUAUUCUUAUUUAAAUUAUGCUUA